UGGUGUUUGUCUGGGUUGUGGUGGAACCCUGCUGUAACCUGAUAGAUCCAUGGUACUUCUAGUUUAAGUACAUAGACUUUGAAAUGGUAAACCCCAGAGACACCUUUCUCCAUUCUACCAAGAGUUUCCUCACUAAGCCAUGGUUUCUGCUAUAUGCUUUACACAACAUAUUUAAAUGGUAAGGUUAUCACAUUGUAAGAACACAGAUAAAAUGAAAAUUGAAUGCCAUGUUAUGGCAGACACAUUAGUGUUAGGAUUGCACAGACAUCUAUUAACCUCUAUAGCCUUGUGUGUUGUGUCCAACCAAUUCAUUCAUUGCUUUAAUAUAAAGUUGAAGGAACAAAUUUAAUAUUGGACUGCUUUGUAUAUUCCCAGAACAUGAAUACAGUUUAUUGUUUUAACAAGUUAAACACUUCCUUCAGCAAUUCUCUGUUGACAAUGGAAAAAACACCAAAACUGUACAUUUAAUAGCUUUUUGAAGUAAGUGAAGUGAAGAGAGUAAACGAAAAACAGACUUUGUAAUUGAAUCAAUCAUGAUAUCUUGUACGUUCAUACAACACAAUUCUGAUGAAAAAGUCAUUUGAUCACAUUGACUGACCAACCUCUAUUUGUUCAAGAGGCUUUCAAUCUAGUGGUAUGAAUACUUCAUCAAAUGUCAAGGCAACCAUGUUUGUUCUCUCUAGCUCUUGAUGAAACAUUGUGUUCUGUGUAGUCCUACUGGUCAGAGCGGGGGCCUUGGGGACAGGUGUUCUGAAUGAGAAAGCGCUGAGCAGACAAUGAAUGGAGACCAAUGCACAAAAAGACAAAAUGACCUUGUGUUCACAGAAGGUAUCACCAACCAACUGUUGGGCUGCUUUGUGGACUCGCUCCAGGAUGCUGGGGCAGUGCUGGUGCGCGUGUACGGCAGAAGGACUGAGCUCUAUGUGGACCGGAACAGAGAGGUGGACAUGUUUAAGUUACUCCACGCCCACAACUGUGGUCCUCAAAUCUACUGCAGUUUCCAGAAUGGCAUCUGCUAUGAGUUUGUGAUAGGGACUGUGCUGGACGACACUCUGCUUAGGACGCCUGCCAUCUACAGAUUAAUUGCAUCAGAAAUGGGGAAAAUUCACUCUAUCAAACCAGAUUGGGAGUCUCCAGUUGAACCUGUCUUGUGGAAGAGGAUGUCCCAGUUUCUACAACUGGUUCAGAACACCAAAAGCGAUGGAAGAGAGGGUUUCACAAUCUUGCAAGAUGUCCCCAGCAUUGAACAGCUUUCAAGUGAAAUUGAGUCACUGAAAACACACCUGUCCAACAUAAUCUCUCCGAUUGUACUGUGCCACAAUGAUCUGUUGACUAAAAACAUUAUCUAUGAUCACAAAAUGGACAUUGUGAGAUUCAUUGACUAUGAGUAUGCAGAUUAUAACUAUCAGGCUUUCGACAUAGGAAAUCACUUCAAUGAAUUUGCUGGUGUAAAAAAUGUUGACUGCAGCCUAUACCCCAGCUGGGAUCUGCAGAGAAACUGGUUGACUUCUUACCUGGAGAGUUACAAACCCAACACACGACAGAAUGUUCCAGUGACAGAGACAGAAGUUACUGAGCUCUAUAUUCAAGUCUGCAAGUUCUCAUUGGCUUCCAACUUCAUUUGGGGUCUCUGGGCAAUCUUGCAGGCCAGGUACUCUUCAAUUGACUUUGAUUUCCAAGGGUAUGCCAAGGCCCGAUUCAACUUCUACUUUGAGAAGAAGGAGGAGUACUUUCGAUUGACAUUCAAGAACUGAGUGCUGCUAUCAUAAAAUGAAAACACAUUCAAUAUAAUGGAUCAAAGUAACUUCUUUAUUUAACAACAUAUGUUAUAUUCUCAGUGAUUAUCUGAUUGCAAUAAUACAAGUCUUCAAAUAUUUGUUAAUGGUAAGUCCAUUGAGUCCAAUAUUUGUUUUGUGAUAAACUCAUAGUUUGUAUAGGAUGUGUUAGCAGAUCAAAGAACAAAAAUCUAUGUUAUCGUCUUAACCUGCAGAGACAAGGUAGUUUGUGUAAUCUUAUGUAUAGUGAUGCAGAAAAAAACCCUGUAAUGUCCACUUUAAAUUAUUUUUAAGUAUUUAAUUCAUGCUUGAUUGUGCAUAAUGAUAGAAGUUUGUCUCAUUUUAUUUAAUUGUGACUUUUGUUGCAAAAAUAAAUCAAUAAAAUGACUUUAUAUAAUAUAUGCAAUAAAUGUAUGUAAACAUGUUAAAAAAUAUAUGAACAACUAUACCAAAUAGGCAUGUUAGGUCCUAUAAAAUACAAUAUCUGAAAUUGUAUAACCAGAUUUAUGCUCUCUAUGGUUAAAAUAGAAUCUGAACUGAAUGUAAUCUGAAAAAAAAGAAUUGAGAAUAAAAUCUUGUCAUAAAAUUUGAGUGGCUUUA